CAUCAGCUGAUGAUGAUGAUGAUGAUGAUGAUGUUUGUGUUUCCUGUGACAGGGCGCUGGUACAUCCGUGAGGGCUGGCUGAAGAUGGUUCCUCAGAAGGGAGCAGAAGCUAAACCAAAGAUGUUCUUCCUGUUCUCCGACAUUCUGCUGCAGGCCAAACGCUGCAGCCCGCUGCAUCCCACCAACGGGGACAAGUUUGCCGGCCAGCACGCCUACCCUCUGCACGAGUGCAGCGUGGAGAAGGUGUUCGGGCACACCAGGAGCCAGGGAGGCCUGCUCAGUCUGACCUUCCCCAAAGCCAAACUGCUGCUGAUGUCCAACAACCAGGAGGAGCUGAACGACUGGUACCUGAGCCUCACCUCUGCAGUCAGGAAGCUUCAGAUUCAAAAAGAAGUUUAUCUCCGAGACGACCCCAACAGGAGACCCCUCCUCUCUGAGAGAGACGACACACACACCAACAGGAAGAGGAACAUGGUGAGCUUUGAGACCACUGAGCAUGCUCACAGGUCUGCAGCAGAGUGGGAGAGCAGCGCCCCCAAGAGGAUGAAGCCGUCUGACGCUGCAGAGUACAGCAGCGAAGAGACGUCGUCGUCCAGCUGUGUCAUCCUCUGAGCCACCAACUCGCCUUCUUCUGCAGACGGUGACGGUGGCGAUGACUGACGGUGGACGGUCUCUGUCACAGACUGAUCUUUAAACAGGAAACACAAGACAGACACAACCUGCUGCUUUACGUCUGUCUGUAUCAUGUCUAUGAUUAUUACUCACAGCAGCUUCUGCUCUUAAUGUGCAAUAUCAACUUUUAUAAACUUUAUUUAUCUGCUGCUUCAAAAACCAAAAAUCUGAAAGUUGAUCAGAGACGACUGAAGCUGCCGCUCCGCAGCGUCAAAUACUACGUUUAACCUUCAGUAACUAACACGCACUAACUACUGAUUAAUACUUUAUACACGUGUCAGUGAACGCAUCAGCUGCACUCUGUACGUGCCUCAUGAAGCGCUUCGAGACGAUCAGCGAGCGUGGGCGGCGGCGUUCUUCGAGUGUGUUAAAUAAUUCCUUUUUGUCCACAGACUCAAACAUCGUCAGCAAACAUGACGCAGAAACGAGAAAAAGAGUCACAAAUUAAAAGAACAGGAAAUCAUUUUUUUUGUAAUAAUUAAAACGUCUUUUUGAAAAUCAGAUAAUUGACUCACCGUCUGAAACUUCAGAACGAGAAAAAACAGAUUUGAAUCAACGAUGAAAUGAUGAAAUGAUCUCUAACCCUACUUAUCCUCUCUGAUUCUUUUAUUUUGAAAGAACACUUCCUGCUGGAUCAUUUGUUAGUGACUCUUUACGUCGUCUGACUCUCAACAUGUUUCUAAAUAUUAAUAAACAACAACAAACCGCGGAGGUUAGCGCACCGCUGUCUCUUUAAAUCCACAGAUUUUAUAUUAUUCUAAAGAGGAGAGAAAUCCUGGGAGAGUUUAUGAAUCCUUUUAUUAAAUCUUUUAUUAUAACUUUUUAUAUACUUCAUCAUAUAUAUCUUUUAUUCACGGUGCGGUCUUUAAAGGGUAAACAUUUUUAUUUUUGUUUUUCAUGUUUUUAUUUCUGAAACUGAGAAAUAAAUGUGAAGAAGAGAGA